AUGAAUAUUCGCGAGAAAUGGGAAGCCGUCAAAAAGGCCAAAGUAUGUUUCCAAUGUUUGUCACCUAACCAUAGGAGGUUAGAGUGCAAAGCGAAAAAAUGUGGUGUAGAAGGAUGUAGAAUGUCACAUCAUCGAAUGCUACACCGAUACCCCAAUGAAAAUACCUCGCCACAAGGGGACGAGGGGGGUAAAGAUGCUCAGAUUACAACUGUUAGUACAGUGAAUGCACUGGCAUGUGCAUAUUUAAAGAUCAUACCGGUCGAGUUGCAUGGGCCUAGAGGAAAGGUCAGGACAACAGCUCUUCUGGAUGAGGGAUCGACCAUGACACUCAUAGAGGAGUGGAUGGCUCAGAAGUUAGCGCCUCGCGGACGUAAAGAGGGAUUACGUAUCGAAGCCGUGGGAGGUAAGCGAAUUAACGACGAUAGUUCGUAUCGCUUAAACGUUAAAAUAAAAGGCAUUUAUUCGAGCGACUUAGAAGAGAUAAGUGUACAAACAAUUAAGUCACUUAACCUCGCUCCUCAGUCGGUAAGCCGAGAAUUAUUGCAACGGUGUUCUCAUUUGACACCGAUCAAGGAUGAGUUGAUGUAUGAGAGGUCCAAGCCUACCAUAUUGAUUGGUCAGGACAAUUGGCAUCUCAUAGUUACUCGUGAAUUGGUUUCGGGAGGUAAGAACCUACCUGUAGCAUCGCUCACCAAACUGGGGUGGGUUUUGCAUGGUCACAUAUCGGGUGGCAUUAAACCAAUCAAGAUUGUUAACCACAUUUCCACCAAGAAGGAGGAAGAUAUGGAUAAAUUAAUCAAGGAUUAUUUUAGUUUGGAAUCUCUGGGAGUAUCGGCUAGAAAGCCCGUGAACGACCCAGAAGAACGAGCUUUAAAUAUUUUGAACAAAACGGUACGUCGUAUACCUAAUAAUAGGUACGAGACUGCUUUGUUAUGGCGCACAGACAAUGAGUGCUUGCCAUCGAAUAGGGCACAGGUUGAAAGUCGCCUGUUUAAUAUUGAGAAAAAGCUCGACAAAAAUAGCGAGUUGAAAAAAGGAAUACGAGAAGCAAAUUGA